GGUGGGCGUGGAGCCGCGCCGCUGGCGGCUAUGAAUGGGGGCGGGCGGGCGCGGGGGUGCGAGGUUCACCCCGGGGCUCUCCGCUGCGCGGCUGAUUGAUGGACGCGCGGGGCUGUGCGUGAUCCCGGCUCCGCAGGCGAGGGAUGCAGCGAGCGCCGGGCGGCUGAGGCUGCUCCGCAGAACUCCCCAGUGCGGCGCCCGGAGUGCGGCGGGGCCGGCGAGGUCUUCACAGUUACCAGCAAAAUUGCCCUGAACGGCAGAGCUCCCGAGAGUGAUCUCUCCCACCUUGAUGAUGAAGAAGAGCAGGAGUGUGAUGACUGUGACCGCGGACGAUAACGUUAAAGAUUAUUUUGAGUGCAGCCUGAGUAAGUCCUACAGUUCUUCCAGUAACACUCUGGGGAUCGACCUCUGGCGAGGGAGAAGGUGCUGCUCCGGAAACUUGCAGUUACCGCCACUGUCUCAACGCCAGAGUGACAGGGCCAGGACGCCUGAGGCGGACAGCAUCUGCAGACCCACCACGCUCCCCCUGACCACGCUGCCCAGCAUCGCGAUCACAGCUGUGAGCCAGGAGGGCUUUGACGUGGAAAAUGGCCCUUCCCCAGGUCGCAGCCCACUGGACCCUCAGGCCGGCUCGUCCUCGGGGCUGGUCCUGCACACCACCUUCCCCGGGCACAGCCAGCGCAGAGAGUCCUUUCUCUACCGAUCCGACAGUGACUAUGACUUGUCACCGAAGGCGAUGUCGCGAAACUCGUCCCUUCCCAGCGAGCAACAUGGUGAUGACUUGAUUGUCACUCCUUUUGCCCAGGUGCUGGCUAGUCUGCGCAGCGUGAGGAACAACUUCACCCUGCUGACGAACCUCCACGGAGCGACCAACAAGAGGUCCCCAGCCACCAGCCAGCCUCCCGUGUCCAGAGUCAGCCUGCAAGCAAGCAUCUACUGCAUUAUGGAAAGGAAUCUGAGACAUACGUGUGCUGACUCCAAGACACCGAGGCCCCACUGGGAAUCACAAAGGCCCUCUGAGCCGCAAGCUGAAGAACCUUAUCAAAAGCUAGCGAUGGAAACGCUGGAGGAGCUGGACUGGUGCUUGGACCAGCUAGAGACCAUCCAGACCUACCGCUCCGUCAGUGAGAUGGCUUCCAACAAGUUCAAAAGAAUGCUGAACCGGGAGCUGACACAUCUCUCAGAGAUGAGCCGGUCUGGGAACCAGGUGUCUGAAUACAUUUCGAAUACUUUCUUAGACAAGCAGAACGAUGUGGAGAUCCCCUCCCCGACCCAGAAAGACAGAGAGAAAAAGAAGAAGCAGCAGCUGAUGACGCAGAUUAGUGGGGUGAAGAAGCUGAUGCACAGCUCAAGCCUCAACAACACGAGCAUCUCCCGCUUCGGGGUCAACACAGAAAACGAAGAUCACCUGGCCAAGGAGCUGGAAGAUUUGAACAAGUGGGGGCUGAACAUCUUCAAUGUGGCUGGAUACUCACACAACCGGCCUCUCACGUGCAUCAUGUAUGCCAUUUUCCAGGAAAGAGACCUCUUAAAGACGUUCAAAAUCUCCUCUGACACCUUCAUCACCUACAUGAUGACCUUGGAGGACCAUUACCACUCGGACGUGGCCUACCACAACAGCCUGCACGCCGCCGACGUGGCCCAGUCCACCCACGUUCUCCUCUCCACGCCAGCCCUGGACGCUGUCUUCACGGAUCUGGAAAUCUUGGCCGCCAUCUUUGCAGCUGCCAUCCAUGAUGUGGAUCACCCUGGAGUCUCCAAUCAGUUCCUCAUCAACACAAAUUCAGAACUUGCUUUGAUGUACAAUGAUGAAUCUGUGCUGGAAAACCAUCACCUUGCUGUGGGUUUCAAGCUGCUGCAAGAGGAACACUGUGACAUCUUCCAGAAUCUCACCAAGAAGCAGCGUCAGACGCUCAGGAAGAUGGUGAUUGACAUGGUGUUAGCAACUGAUAUGUCCAAACAUAUGAGCCUGCUGGCAGACCUGAAAACCAUGGUGGAAACGAAGAAAGUCGCAAGUUCAGGAGUUCUCCUCCUGGACAACUACACAGAUCGCAUUCAGGUCCUUCGCAACAUGGUACACUGUGCGGACCUGAGCAACCCCACCAAGUCCUUGGAACUGUAUCGGCAGUGGACGGACCGCAUCAUGGAGGAGUUUUUCCAGCAAGGAGACAAAGAACGGGAGAGAGGAAUGGAGAUCAGCCCCAUGUGUGAUAAACACACUGCUUCUGUGGAAAAGUCCCAGGUUGGUUUCAUCGACUACAUCGUCCACCCAUUGUGGGAGACCUGGGCCGACCUGGUCCAGCCAGAUGCCCAGGACAUUCUGGACACACUAGAGGACAAUAGGAACUGGUACCAGAGCAUGAUUCCCCAGAGCCCCUCUCCGCCACUGGAAGAGAGGAGCCGGGACUGCCAGGGCCUGAUGGAGAAGUUUCAAUUCGAACUGACCUUGGAGGAGGAGGACUCAGAAGGACGCGAGAAGGACGGGGAGGGCCACGGCUACUUCAGCAGCACCAAGACGCUUUGUGUGAUCGAUCCAGAAAGUGAGGAUCCGCUGGGCGAGAGCGAUGUGGACACCGCGACAGAGGACAAGUCCCCAACUGACACCUAAUCUCCCUCCCCGGGGGGAAGGACACCCCACCCUUGAGGAGCAUGCAAGCUGUGGGUAGGACCUGCCCACCAUGGGACGAGGCCUGCAUGGGACAGAGGCCACUGGCCUUUCCGGUCACUGAAGUUUGGGGCCAGAACGCAAGGCCGAGGAGCAAACAGCAGCUCAGGAAACCCGCGGUUGACUGACUGGGUGACUUGCCCGGCCUGUGAGCUCGGCAGGGAGCUGAGGGUUGGUUCUGUGUAGCACAGGGCAGUUCCGGUCACAACCAAAAAGCUUGAACACGGAAGACACAAAACUGAGAGAUUUCUCUGCACUAAAGUCUCGGGCGCUGCCCGACUGGUGGCUGAACUCACUGACUAAUACCUUCAUGGAUAAAUCUGCUCACUGUCCCCUUGUCUGCCGACCUGUGUGCCUUUUUUGUAAAACAUUUUCAUGUCUUGAAAAUGCUUGUUGAAACACCUAGCAUUUAGUACCAACUUCUACACUGAUAAGCAUUCAAAGUCAAUAGACACUUUUUUUUUUACUCUUUCUGGGAGAGAAAAAAGAAAAGAAAGAAAAAUAGUCUUCCUUCUUUCUUGGGCAAUAUCUUUCGCUUUCCUACCAUUAACUUUUGCAAACAGACAAAGACACACACUUUGAACCACAUUCUACUUCCCCGUUUGUCCCAUCUGGCUCACGGUGGCCCUGGUGACUUAGCUCUGUUUGUUUGCUUCAAACAGUUCUUUGCCUCUCGAGGUCUCACUGUUUGUGCUAGGAAGAGGAAAAAAAAGUGAAACACACUGGGGCAGGACGAGGCCCUUGUGUAGCCUCAGACAGGCACAGCGACCUCUCUGUUCAGGCCUGACCCCAAGAGUCGCGGACCCGACCUCUCCCUCUCCCCACUCCCAGCCGUUUCCGGGGGAUCUGCCCCUUUUUUUCUUGCACUGCCUCUCACGCUAACACCUCCAUUCCCAUUGAUAACCGUGUAUUUAUUACUUAAUGUAUAUACUGUAAUGUUUUGUAAGUUAUUAAUUUAUAUAUCUAACAUUGCCUGCCAAUGGUGGUGUUAAAUUUGUGUAAAGACUCUGCCUAAGAGUUGCGACCUUUUCUUGGAAUGUUUUGUAUUGUGUAUUAUAUAACCCAGGCAUCGCUUCAGAGAGAUGUACGGCCCCUCCCUGGGCAGUCAGGACAAGGAAGGGGCCAGGGACCCCAGACCUGGCCCUUUCCCUGCCUGAGUUGCUCCAACCCUUUAUGAACCAGUUUUGCGAACAGGAUUCUCACAUUAGAUACAAAAUGGUUUAUACUGAGCUUUUACUUUUGUAUAGUUUGAUAGGGGUAGGGGCAAAGGGCCACAGUUUUUAGCCUUGUUUUAUCUAAAUCUGUGUACACAGGAGUUGGGUUAUAACUGGGUUCUACUCUAAUUAGGAGUUCGGUUCCAAAAAGCAACACUACAUUUGCUCACAAAAGAUUCUUCCGGUUGUCCCCAAACUACUGACUUCCGCAGAGCUAGCCUCCUGCCUGCUAUCCCGCGGGAAUGUCGCGUUCCCAUUCACUAUGGAAGAAAAUAAUAAAAACAAUGUGAAUUUUCAUAAUAAAAUGUGAACUGAUAUAGUAAAUUAUGCAAAUGUGAAGCUUCUUCUGCUAACUCCUGUUAGGUCUUUUCCUGGUGUUGUUUCAGUUUGUAAAAUAAGUUCCAUGCUUCGGUUCAGCGUUGUGACGCAGUAGCUACAGAAAUGGCACAAGCACGCAUGGCCAGCGGGUCGUCUGUCUGUCCGUCAGCACUACACUGUUCCAGGUGGACAUCCUAUUGUUUCCCAGAGUUUCUCGCCAUGUAUGUUACAGUACUAUUGUUAUAUAUUGUGCAAAUGCAUUCUUAAGAGGCUUUUAUAUGAGGUGAAUAAAUGGAGCAUGAUUAGAUUA